AUGCAAGCAGCAGUAUGUAUUCUAUCACCAUCUGUUGAAAAUGGCUGGAGCUCAGAGCUGGGGGUCCAUGACAAGCUCCAGGAUGAGGAGAAUCCUCACAAGUGCUUGAAGUGUGGGAAGAGCUUCAGGUGGAGAUCCUACCUUAUCUUCCACUGGAGAAUCCACAGAGUGGAACAGCCAUAUGAAUGUGGGGAGUGUGGGAAGAGCUUCAGGACAAGCUCUGAACUGACCAAACACAAGUGGAGCCACACAGGGGAACGGCUCUACAAGUGUGACAUGUGUGGGAAGAGCUUCUGCGAGCGUGCCAGCCUGAUCAAGCAUCUGAGGAGCCAAACGGGGGAACGGCCCUACGUGUGUGAGGAGUGUGGGAAGAGCUUCAUCCAGGGCUCCCACCUGAUUGUCCACAUGAGGAGCCACAAGGGACAGAGGCCCUAUGGGUGUGGGGAGUGUGGGAAGAGCUUCAGCCACAGCUCCCGCCUGAUUGCCCACCUGAGGAGCCAUGCAGGGGAGAGGCUCUAUGAGUGUGAGCAAUGCAAGAAGAAGUUCCUGACCAGUGCCUACCUCCGCCUGCACCAGUGGAUUUACACAGAGGAGAUGCUCUUCCGCUGCCCUGACUGUGGGAAGGGCUUUAACCAAAACUCCAACCUCAUCAGGCAUCGUCGCAUCCACACUUGGGAGAGGUCCUACAAGUGUCCCCAGUGUGGAAAGAGCUUCUCACAGGGUUCAGCCUUGACCAGACACCAACGGAGCCACCGGUAA